AUGGUCGCUUCAUUCUCACCGCACCGUGAAGCGGGAGGGACUCUCCAUCUACCGUCGCCAAACGGAAUUCAUCAUGUCAACCCCAGUUCUGCCAUCAAGCAGCUGCGGCGCUCUCUCUCCAGAUCUCCCUCAAAAAGCAGCGAUUUCCGACUCCUCUCGCGACCCCAUUCUCCAUCCAAGAAUACACACUACAUUUCCUCGCCACUCUCUCCCUCUCGUCGAGUUUCUCAAGGGAAUCUGUUCCUAGUGUCAGCCAGUUCUACAUCGUCGCCUUUAGCGGUCCCAUAUCCACCAAGUGCAAGAAUGAACAGACCGGGAAUUCGUCGAACGACCAGCUUUCAACCCCCCAGAUCUCGUACCACACCGUCGAGCCCCGCGAAACGUGUGCUGCUCGACUCUCGCGAUAACGGAAAUUCGCUUCCACCACCUCUCGUUGGGGAGAAAUCUGAUGAACCAGUGCCACCUCUACAAGCUUCGUCUACAGAGAUCAGUAGUAGUCCUGAGCUUGGCUCCGGUGACAGCAACCUUAACCAGCCUGCAGAUAGCUUGUUUCCGCAGAUACCUGCUUCAAGAGUUGAAAAACGACGGAGUGGUACAUUUAGGCCCUUCCCUUCAACAUCCAGUCCACUGAAGCGGAGCGAUGUCAUUAUGAAUCUUGAUCAAACUCCACUGCGGAGUCCCUCCGCCAAACGACGAAGUCUGCACGGCGCUAACUUCGGCUCAGACUUCAACUUUUUUGAAGUUGAUAACAACAUAGGAAGCACACCAGAUAAACUACCGAAGCAAACUGAAAAUGAUACUCCCACUUCGGGCUUCGCCCAAAUACCCUCUAACUUUUCGGCGAUACCGAAACGCUCAUCGUCUCUCAGGAAAUCAACUCUCCAGCAACGACAAUCGGAGCGGUCCCUGUUUUCUCGUACAAGAGCUGGUACUGAGAAUGACGCUGAGCCCCCUCCGAGUAGCCCUAUGGUUCUACGGAGUCGACAACCGAAGUCCUUUGAUGGCCAUCUAUUUUUCCCGGCUCUUCAUGACGGCUCUUCCUCCAAUAAUAGUAUCUUUUCUAAUUCUUCCACCUCCCUUUUCUCCACAUCACAUACGAACAACAAAUCGACUCAGACUCCAUACGGUGCUCCUCAUCCACUAUCUAGAACCAUUACCCAGUCUUCGUCUGAUUCGAGCCUCGUGGACGAUUCACCAACCCAUGAACCGAUCAACAGGUUUGAUAAACCAAGACCCAUCCUGAAUUUCUCCAGGUCGCUUCCCACUGGUUCGACUAGACCAGUUGGGCCCAGUCAGCUACGUCAGGAGAAUUCGGACACAUCUACAGAAUCCUUCGCUACGCCUGAAAAUUAUAAACUUGUGAAACCCCUGCCAGCUGCGUUUAUGUCCACGGGUCUCAUCUCCAAAAAGAAUCGUAAUAUGGAUGAUGUCCAUAACGCAUCUAUCACUAGCAAAAACAUGCCCGACACUCCAUGUAAACGGCCACUCAAUCUAUUUCCAGGUGUGCACAAGCCAUUACCCCAGGCGGCAGUCGAAAAGGCGAGCUCGAAUCGCUCUUCCUCUGGAACCCCUUGGACCCCUUUCAAUCAGCAACAAUCUACAGUAUCUCCUCCCCCCGGCCCCUUUUCCAAAGGCACGGGUAUUUUUGGCAAUUCCUAUGCGAAGUCAGCCAUCUCGCGUCGCAGUAGUUUUGUCAGUGCGGAUGGAGACGACAUCCCCCAGUCUCAAUCACCUUCUGGAAAGAAUGAUACCCAAUCAGCCAACGACUCGGAAUUACCACCUACCCCGACAAAGCAAACCUUCUUCCCUAGCGGCAGCCACUUCUCUAAAUCGCGGCCCCAUCGCCCCUCCCAUAGCCAAACACCCUCAUUUGACUCGCUCUCUGGCCCCUCUGGACCCUGCUCAAGCCCUCUUGGAAAUAAAUCAUUAAGACGAGACUCCCCUCAUACCCCGCAAGAACACAUUUUCCCUCCCGACCCAAGUGGCUUAUCUAUAUCAGCCCAAGGCGACCAACGGUCCAACCCACGAGAUGAUCCAUCGGCGCUACCAGCAACGCCAACUGCACCCCGCGAGUAUUUCGCGCAGGUGGGGAAAAGGUCAAGUCUUUCUUUGGGUGGUUACAAUGCGCCCGAUGUAGAUCCAAGCCUCACUUCUCGUUUUGAGAAGGUUGAAUUGGUGGGAACUGGUGAAUUCUCGCAGGUCUAUCGCGUCACUGAACCUCAAUCAACGACACCAUUUGGAUCCCCCUUCCAUCAGACCUCCUUCUCACAACCCCCCGAAAAGCCAACUAGAACUACAACGUCUCGCGCUGAACGGGUGUGGGCUGUGAAAAAGUCUAACCAGCCGUGCACGGGUCCAAAGGAUCGAGAGCGCAGGAACAAUGAGGUUGUUGCCUUGAAAGCUUUGGCUAAUUGCGACUAUAUCAUUUCCUACGCCGACAGCUGGGAAUACAACAACAUCCUAUAUAUCCAAACGGAAUUUUGCGAAGAAGGGAGCCUGGACUUGUUCCUGUCGCAGAUUGGGCUUAAGGCCAGGCUUGAUGACUUUAGAAUUUGGAAAAUACUGCUUGAGUUGUCGUUGGGCCUGAAACAUGUCCACGAUUCUGGAUUCAUUCACCUAGAUUUGAAACCGGCAAAUAUUUUGAUAUCCUUUGAAGGUGUCCUCAAGAUUGCGGAUUUUGGAAUGGCGAGCCGUUGGCCUGCUGCAGCAGGUAUUGAAGGCGAAGGGGACCGUGAAUAUAUCGGCCCUGAAGUCCUUAUGGGACGUUACGACAAGCCUGCUGAUAUAUUUGCCCUGGGUUUGAUCAUGUUUGAAAUCGCGGGGAACGUGGAGCUUCCUGACAACGGCGUAUCGUGGCAAAAGCUUCGAAACGGCGACAUGAGUGAUGUUCCUAGUUUAACAUGGAGUCUAGAAACUAGCAAAGUCCUCCGCGAUGCCUCAGGCAACCCACUCCCUGACAGUAGUUGCUCAUUCGAGCAGCUAUGUGCAUCGAACUCUGACGAACAACAGCACUUUACCGACUCGCACUGCAGCAUUGGGUCCGACACCAUCAAUUGCAAUGGCCAUAGUCCAUUUGAUUCAUCUCGAAAACAAGCCUCACCGUACGUACGGAGCGGUGAGCUUGCUGAACCACCUGACUUCAUGGUUGAUGCCACGAAUGAACAAGCGCUGGACACCAUCGUUCGGUGGAUGAUAUCCCCCGACCCGGCCGAUCGGCCCGUUGCGGAUCAAAUUAUCCAGACGUUUGGUGUACAAUGGGCGGAGCGGCGGCGGCGAGCUGGAGCUACCAUCUAUGAAGGGAACUGGGGUCCUGCGGAUGAGGUUCUGGCAGAAGAUGCGGAGAUGAUUGACGUUUGA